CCGCCUUUUCCUGUUCUUCCACUAAUACAUUUUUAAGGCAGGAAACCAGGAAGUGAAUAUGACGUCAGUUCAGAGAGACAGAGUGAUGGCACUAAGCGAAUGGGAGGGUAGAUGGCAAGAAGGAAGGAUUGGCUUCCAUCAACCUCACAUUCACCAAAUGCUAAAGGAUAAUCUAGAUAAAAUCUUGUGUGGACGACAGCAGGUCCGUGUUUUCUUCCCUCUUUGUGGUAAAGCUGUAGAUAUGAAAUGGCUGGCUGACAUGGGUCACAUAAUCGUCGGGGUUGAGAUUUCUGAGAAAGCGAUUAAGCAGUUUUUCGAAGAAAACAACCUGGAGUUCAAGGAGGAGCCGGUGCCGGCUAUACCUGGAGCAAAAGUAUUCAAGAGUUUGGAUGACAAAAUCUCCCUCUAUCAGUGUGAUUUAUACAAGUUCUCCAGUGCAGUGGGGAGUCAGUUUGGAGGGAUUUGGGACAGGGGGUCUCUGGUGGCAAUAAACCCAUGUGACAGGCAAAAGUAUGCCACUCUCAUCAUGUCCCUGAUGGACAAAGACUGCAGGUAUUUAUUGGACACCCUGGAAUACAACCCAGAGUUGUACAAAGGGCCACCAUUCUUUGUGCCUGAAGAUAUUGUGAAAAGUUUAUAUGGUAAUGCUUGUGACAUUGAGCUGGUGCGGAGUGAAGAUGCAUUUGAAGAAAGACAUAAAGCAUGGGGAAUAGACUCCCUUCUAGAGAAAGUGUACCUGCUGAGUCCAAAAGCCAACUUGAACUAACUGACAGAAGUUUUGGAGAAUAUUUCUCAGCAAGUAAAAAUAUUGCAAAUAUUUAUAACGUUGAGUAAAUCGUGUGGGAUUAUGGGGAUAACCAAAAUAGCCAAUACUAAAAAUUUUUGAUUUUCCCGACAUGAAUCAGGGAACAGAAUUGAUCAAAUCUUAUCACACCUUUGUAUUAAUUUUAAUACUGAAAUUUAUCUUCUAGUACUGUACGUUAAUCACCAUGAUAGAAUUGUGCAUCUAACUGUGAACUAGCCUUACAAUUUGGAAAACCUUUAAUGUCAAAAUCAUUAGGGCAUAAUUUUCAAAAGGUAGCGAUGCCUCACGAUCAGAGAACCGUAGCUGAAUAAUGAACCUCAUUAGCAGAAUGAACCUCACUGAAAUUAUGAAAGAGAAACCAAUGAAUGAUCCCUCCAUUAUUCUAUUAGACCUAAUUCAUUAAUAAAGUUUUUUUAAAAAGGCAGCAUUAAAGGAUUUGCAUGCAUAAAGCUCCUGUGGAUCCUGUAAAACAGCUUGGCGAGGCAUUUUUAUUCUUUCCACAUCUGGAUAGGUUUUUAUCUUUAAAGAAAAUCAAGAAACCUUUUAACACACGCCACCCGCUCCAACACAGCAGCGGUGAUGUUUCUCCAUGGAUGGUCCGAUUAUCUGCUAGAUAGUGCGUGUAUUGCUGCACUCCAGAGGAGACAGCAGAAAAAGACAAGAAGAGAAGAAAAAGUAACAAAUAAAAUUUCUCGUGUAUGCAUCUCAGCAUCAGGAAAGCUAAUAAAUUUAUUUUAGUUGUGUUUACAUAUUGUCUUGUUUGAUUAAUGAAAUUGUAACGUGAUUUAUGAUGUUGACACUUACUGUAUGUAACUGAUGUACUUUUGAUCUAAAAUGUUUGUAUUUAUUACAUUUAGAUUACUGUGUGUGUGUGUAUGUGUGUGUUUGCGUGUGUGUGUGUGUGUGUGUGUGUGUUUGUUUUUUCCUCUGCAUACUUCGGGUUCCUCACACACUUAAAACAUGCCAGCUGCUGAAUUAGCCAUGUUUAAUUGCAUUACAUGUACAGUAAUUGUGUGCAAACUGUAUCUACACCUUCAUCAUGUUCUUAGGAUAAACUCUGGAUUCUCAUCAGCACUGACCAGGAUACGUCUACACCUAGUUCUAUAUAGACAAUUGAGUAUUGGAACAUCUCCUUUCCAAUAUCAUGAACUAUUAUUAUUCACUUGUUUCCUCUUUGAUGUUAUAAAAAUGUAUUCUCCAUUCUUCUGAGAAGGCUUUUUUUUUUAAUGACUGUGGUGAUUUGUAAUCAUUCAUGCACAAGUGCAUUAGUGAGGCCAGACCCUGAUGUUAGGUGGGGACGCUAUCAUUCCAGUUUACCCCAAAGGUGUUCAGUUGGGUUUGACUCGCACAACACCGUUUUCAUUAAGUUCACUUUGUGCACAAGGGCAUUGCCAUGCUGAAGCAGGUUUGGUACCAUUGGUUUUAAUGAAAGAAACUAAAAAAAAA